CGCGUUUGCUUUUUAGUACGCCCUUCCUGGAGGCGCAGCUUUACCGGAGGGUGGUGGUCUCUGAUCCUACGAUUAAUGUUUGCAUUUCCACUCUAAAUCUUGAAAUAUUAAUCAGAAUCAGAGAAUCUAGCCGAGAAAAAUGCAGACAAUUAACCAAAAUACAGACAGAAAGUACGUCCAAAAGGGUCCUUUACAGACAGUAUCUAUAGGAAGUGCAGUCAGUGUCUGUCAAAAAACCCCUGUACGGACCCACCUCCAAGCUUCGAACUCCAGCGACCUCAAGCCCGCCAGUCUUGACUCCAAAGCCUCCAAGAAUGGCUCCGGAUCAGCGGACUUGGACCAAGGAGUUGUCAGUGAUGAUGAUGACGACGACGACCAUGCGAAAGGGGAAGCUAAAAUGAAUACCGCUUCCACCGCUGAAAAGAAAAGGAAUCGCAAGGGAUGGAGGAAGAAGAAGGCCAAGAACGGUGCUUUGCCAGCUGCCGAGCUGAAACAGACCAGUCCCCCUCGUGUCCUUCUGUCGACUCUCUUCCCAGUUGGGUAUCCCACGGGAGAGCUCAUCCCGUAUGAGAAUCCGGCUCGUAAAACCGACGAAGAAACUCGCUACAACUCACGCCUCUGGGAUCCAGACUUCCUGUCCGAUUAUCGCCAAGCUGCUGAAAUCCAUCGUCAAGUCCGCUACUAUGCGCAGAAAGAGUUGAUCAAGCCGGGAGCAAGCCUUCUCUCCAUUGCAGAGGGUAUCGAGGAUAGUGUUCGUGCACUCUCUGGCCAUCAAGGUCUUGUACCAGGAGAUGGACUGAAAGCAAGCAUGGGAUUUCCAACGGGACUUUGUCGCAACCAUCAGACUGCCCAUUACACUCCAAAUCCUGGCGACAAGGAAGUUCUGCUGGAGAAAGACGAUGUCUUGAAAGUUGAUUUCGGUGUGCAAAUCAAUGGCCGUAUUGUCGAUUCAGCAUUCACGGUUGCAUUUGACCACAAAUAUGACAAUCUUCUUGCUGCUGUGAAAGCCGCUACAAACACUGGCAUUCAGCUUGCAGGAGUUGAUGCUAGAAUGAAAGAGAUUGGAGCCGCUAUCCAAGAAGUUAUGGAGAGUUAUGAAGUCGAGCUCGACGGAAAGUUGUAUCCAGUCAAAGCAAUCAGAAGUCUUACUGGUCACGACAUCCUCCGCUACCAUAUCCAUGGCAACAAGCAAGUCCCAUUCGUCAAGAACAACAGCAAGCAGAAGAUGGAAGAGGGAGAUAUCUUCGCUAUUGAAACUUUUGGGAGUACUGGAAAAGGGUAUACUUAUGAUGAUGGACCUACCGUAUACGGUUAUGGACGGAAUGAAUACGUGUCUGGCGCCAAUUUACGUCUUGCAUCCGCAAAGUCUCUACUCAAGACCAUCGACUCCCAUUUCGGUACCAUUGUGUUCAGCCGUCGUUAUCUCGAACGCCUUGGCGUCACAAGCUACCAUCUUGGGAUGAAACACUUGAUUGACGAAGGAAUCAUCGAGAAGUAUGGACAGCUUGCAGAUGUGGAGGGCUCGUACACCGCUCAAUUUGAACAUACAAUCUUGCUACACAGUGGGGGGAAGGAAGUGAUCAGUCGUGGUGAUGACUACUAGAAGCUUGCCCCAGUGGGGUCCAAAUUCUCAGUCCUCGUUUUGCUAUGCUUUUCAUGUACCCGCAGUGUCGCUCCUUGAAAUCACUGGUUCAGUAUUCAACAUCCUGAUAGCUCCAUCUUUAGUUUGCUAGUUUGCUACUUCUUAUCACAAUCAACGCCACAUUCUUUCCCUCUGCU